CCCCGCCCCCUUUUCUAUUUCUGAACAGGCAUGUUCCGGGCAGCUCACUCGACUCCUUAGAUUACUAUGGAAUCGGUAGGGUCCUGACCGUUGGGGAAGCAGGAAAGCGUAUCCUGGGAAGAAAGGCUUGGCUUGGACUCCGUAGAAGAAUACUACAUCGAGACCUGCUGGGGAAUUUUAUUUUAUUUUAUUUUAUUUUGGUCUUGGUUGUACUGAAGGAGGAAGAGGAGAUUGUGUGGCCCGGUCGAACUUGUGGCAGCCUGAAGGCCCCCUCAGGCGGCGCCGCGGGCAGCCCCGCAGCCGGGGCCUGGUGUAGCCGCCGCGGCCGCUGUCAGGGAAGCGCAGGCGGCCAAUGGAACCCGGGAGCGGUCGCUGCUGCUGAGGCGGCAGUGUCGGCAGUCCCACCGCGACUGCCCGCACCCCCUCCGCGGGGGUCCCCCAGAGGAUCAACUAAACCUUGAACUAAGAAGAAAAAUGUGUUGUGAGCAGGGGGAGCCUCAGCUGCCUCAGGCCGUUCAGGACAGAAGGGUGUUUCUGAAGGCCGGAGCAAGUUUUGAAGAAGUCCCUAUCAGAUUACACUUGGUUGACUACUCCGGAGCAGCCACUAAGAGGGAUGAACAGGCCUGCGUGGAAAUUGAAUGAGAUUCUUGGAAGCUCGAAGUCUGGCUGUGGCCAUGGGAGAUACAGUAGUGGAGCCUGCCCCCCUGAAGCCAACUUCUGAGCCCACUUCUGGCCCACCAGGGAAUAAUGGGGGGUCCCUGCUAAGUGUCAUCACGGAGGGGGUCGGGGAACUAUCAGUGAUUGACCCUGAGGUUGCCCAGAAGGCCUGCCAGGAGGUGUUGGAGAAAGUCAAGCUUUUGCAUGGAGGCGUGGCAGUCUCUGGCAGAGGCACCCCACUGGAGUUGGUCAAUGGGGAUGGUGUGGACAGUGAGAUCCGUUGCCUAGAUGAUCCACCUGCCCAGAUCAGGGAGGAGGAAGAUGAGAUGGGGGCCGCUGUGACCUCAGGCACAGCCAAAGGAGCAAGAAGACGGCGGCAGAACAACUCAGCUAAACAGUCUUGGCUGCUGAGGCUGUUUGAGUCAAAACUGUUUGACAUCUCCAUGGCCAUUUCAUACCUGUAUAACUCCAAGGAGCCUGGAGUACAAGCCUACAUCGGCAACCGGCUCUUCUGCUUUCGCAAUGAGGACGUGGACUUCUAUCUGCCCCAGUUGCUUAACAUGUACAUCCACAUGGAUGAGGACGUGGGUGAUGCCAUUAAGCCCUACAUAGUCCACCGUUGCCGCCAGAGCAUUAACUUUUCCCUCCAGUGUGCCCUGUUGCUUGGGGCCUAUUCUUCAGACAUGCACAUUUCCACUCAGCGACACUCCCGUGGGACCAAGCUACGGAAGCUGAUCCUCUCAGAUGAGCUAAAGCCAGCUCACAGGAAGAGGGAGCUGCCCUCCUUGAGCCCGGCCCCUGACACAGGGCUGUCUCCCUCAAAAAGGACUCACCAGCGCUCUAAGUCAGAUGCCACUGCCAGCAUAAGUCUCAGCAGCAACCUGAAACGAACAGCCAGCAACCCUAAAGUGGAGAAUGAGGAUGAGCCUGUUCGACUGGCUCCUGAGAGAGAAUUCAUCAAGUCCCUGAUGGCAAUCGGCAAGCGGCUGGCCACGCUCCCCACCAAAGAGCAGAAAACACAGAGGCUGAUCUCAGAGCUCUCCCUGCUCAACCAUAAGCUCCCUGCCCGAGUCUGGCUGCCCACUGCUGGCUUUGACCACCACGUGGUCCGUGUACCCCACACACAGGCUGUUGUCCUCAACUCCAAGGACAAGGCUCCUUACCUGAUUUAUGUGGAAGUCCUUGAAUGUGAAAACUUUGACACCACCAGUGUUCCUGCCCGGAUCCCCGAGAACCGAAUUCGGAGUACGAGGUCCGUAGAGAACUUGCCCGAAUGUGGUAUUACCCAUGAGCAGCGAGCUGGCAGCUUCAGCACUGUGCCCAACUAUGACAACGAUGAUGAGGCCUGGUCAGUGGAUGACAUAGGCGAGCUGCAAGUGGAGCUCCCCGAAGUGCAUACCAACAGCUGUGACAACAUCUCCCAGUUCUCUGUGGACAGCAUCACCAGCCAGGAGAGCAAGGAGCCUGUGUUCAUUGCAGCAGGGGACAUCCGCCGGCGCCUUUCGGAACAGCUGGCUCAUACCCCGACAGCCUUCAAACGAGACCCAGAAGAUCCUUCUGCAGUUGCUCUCAAAGAGCCCUGGCAGGAGAAAGUACGGCGGAUCAGAGAGGGCUCCCCCUACGGCCAUCUCCCCAAUUGGCGGCUGCUAUCAGUCAUUGUCAAGUGUGGGGAUGACCUUCGGCAAGAGCUUCUGGCCUUUCAGGUGUUGAAGCAACUGCAGUCCAUUUGGGAACAGGAACGAGUGCCCCUUUGGAUCAAGCCAUACAAGAUUCUUGUGAUUUCGGCUGAUAGUGGCAUGAUUGAACCAGUGGUCAACGCUGUGUCCAUCCAUCAGGUGAAGAAACAGUCACAGCUCUCCUUGCUCGAUUACUUCCUACAGGAGCAUGGCAGUUACACCACUGAGGCAUUCCUCAGUGCCCAGCGCAAUUUUGUGCAAAGUUGUGCUGGGUACUGCUUGGUCUGCUACCUGCUGCAAGUCAAGGACAGACACAAUGGGAAUAUCCUUUUGGACGCAGAAGGCCACAUCAUCCACAUCGACUUUGGCUUCAUCCUCUCCAGCUCACCCCGAAAUCUGGGCUUUGAGACGUCAGCCUUUAAGCUGACCACAGAGUUUGUGGAUGUGAUGGGCGGCCUGGAUGGCGACAUGUUCAACUACUAUAAGAUGCUGAUGCUGCAAGGGCUGAUUGCCGCUCGGAAACACAUGGACAAGGUGGUGCAGAUCGUGGAGAUCAUGCAGCAAGGUUGUCGCCGUUGCUCAGGAUCAUCCCCAUCUGGCCCCAUGAUGACAGUGGCCCAGGUCAUCUGUUCUCAGCUUCCUUGCUUCCAUGGCUCUAGCACCAUUCGAAACCUCAAAGAGAGGUUCCACAUGAGCAUGACUGAGGAGCAGCUGCAGCUGCUGGUGGAGCAGAUGGUGGAUGGCAGUAUGCGGUCUAUCACCACCAAACUCUAUGAUGGCUUCCAGUACCUCACCAACGGCAUCAUGUGACACACUCCUCAGCCCAGGAGUGGUGGAGGGUCCAGGGCACCCUCCCUAGAGGGCCCUUGUCUGAGAAACCCCAAACCAGGAAACCCCACCUACCCAACCAUCCACCCAAGGGAAAUGGAAGGCAAGAAACACGAAGGAUCAUGUGGUAACUGCGAGAGCUUGCUGGGGGGUGGGAGAGCCACCUGUGGGGUCGACUUGUUGGGGCUUCCCUGCCCCUCCUGUUCUGUCAGUAUUACCACCAGACUGACUCCAGGACUCACUGCCCUCCAAAAAACAGAGGCAACAAAUGUGAGGGACACCGGGGCCUGCCUUCUCCUUGUAGGAGUCUCUGAGAGGUUCUUUCCACAGGCCAUCCUCUUAUUCCGUUCUGGGGCCCAGGAAGUGGGGAAGAGUAGGUUCUCGGUACUUAGGACUUGAUCCUGUGUUUGGCCACUGGCCAUGCUGCUGCCCAGCGCUACACCUCCCGGGGACCUACCCCUCCCGGGGACCGACCCCUGGCCCAAGCUCCCCUUGCUAGCGGGUGCUGUGUGGGCCCUGCACUUGCUGAGGUUCCCCAUUAUGGGCAAGGAAGGGAAUUCCCACAGCCCUCCAGCGUACUGAGGGUACUGGCCUAGCCAUGGGGAAUUCCCUACCCUGACUCCUUCCCCAAACCCAGGGAAAAGAGCUCUCAAUUUUUUAUUUUUUAUUUUUGUUUGAAAUAAAGUCCUUAGCCACUUGUGUCAUUUCCAGGUUUUCUGGGGGAGUGCAGGGGGAGAUGGGUGAUGAGGUAGGAACAGAUGCCUCAGUGUCCAAGACACAAAAGGCACCACACAGAAAGAGGUUUGCUUUCUCCCUGCCUGUCUUGGUCACCGCCAUCUCUUCCCUGAGAAGGAAGGGCCUUCCAUGUUCUCUAACCUGCUUCAAGUCCACAUUGUCCAAGUCACAGAAAAAGAGAGGCCUGAAUGGAGAUUCGACCACAAACAGUUUUAAUGGUCUGGUUUUCUCCCUAGUUCCCCCACUGUUUGUUAGUAUUAUUAUUACUACAAGAAUAAAGGAUUCCUGAGA